UUUCAGCRCAGGGGCAGGAUGGAGCAGAGGCGGGAGCUCCUCGCUUUAUCCAUGGAUAACCUGGCUUUCCUGCUGUCACCUUCUUGCCUGGAGGGGGCCUGGCCGGUCCGCGGUGCAUUCGUGUCAUGGUGUCACCUCCGGCUUUGCUGCCAUGGCCGGGACGGAGUGCCAGGCUGUGAGCUGGAGAGCGGAGCUUGGAGCYGUGAAGAGCUGGAGGGCGGCAGCAUUUAGGGAAUGGUCAAAGACCAGGGCACAAGGAGUAGGUUUGGAAGCGCCCAAGGAGGCAGCGAGGCCUGAGAUGGGGCCACUGGCCACGGCUCUAUCCCGGUGACACAUCCACGACGUCCCCGCCGCUCCCUCGGGCCCAGCUGGGCGAAGGGAAGGACGGAGCCGCCUUCUCCCCGACACUGGACCUCAAUGGAGACGAUGGGAGAGCUCGCCGGGGAGGAGGGGAGCUGCCCUCCUCGGCACCGCGGCCUCAAAGGGUUAACGGGCGCCGGGAAGGGCAGUUCGCACCCCCUGCCCAAUCCUGGGAAUCCCUCUGUGCUAAUUGAGCACUAACCUCAUCAAAGGCUCCAAUCAGGCAAUCAACACCCCCCCGGCCUGUCCUCCAACACGCUGUCCCCAUCCCCUGCUCUUUGUCUGCUGAGGGAAGCGGAGCAAUGCGGCCCCGCUCCGGACGCGCCGCCUUCCGAGCCGCCCUGGCCUGCACCCUCCUUUCCGCCCUCCUGGCCAUGGAGUUAAGUCCGCAGGAAAGUUUGCUGCUGAAAUCGCUGGGGCUGAGCGCCAAGCCCAGCCCCAAGAGCCCCGGGCCGGUGCCGUCCGUGCUCUGGCGGAUCUUCCAGAGGAGAAAGAUGUCCCCGUUGAGCAGCAAAGGCCCCGAGGACGCGUGUAGGGUGGAGGAAUUCAAUGUCCCUGGCAACAUCAUCCGCGUCUUCGCUGACCAAGGCCGCUUCGUUCCCCACGCGCCGCCCCUGUGCCUGCAGAAGCGGCUCUUCUUCAACCUCUCCGCGCUGGAGGCGGGCGAGCGCUUGACGCUGGCGCGCCUGGAGCUCCGCUUCAGCCACAACUCGUACCACGCCGCGGGCCGGGGCGCCGCGUUGCGGCUGCGGCUCCUGCGCGGCGCCGCGCCGGCCUUGCGCGAGGGGCCGGCGCCCGCGCGGGCGCUGCUGCUGCAGCAGUCCCUGGCGCAGCUGCACAAGUCGCUGCUCUUCAACCUCAGCGCGGUGGCCAGGGAGUGGCGGCAGCCCCGCCGGAACCUGGGCUUGACGCUGGAGCUGGCGGCGGGCGAUGGCGGCGCCGGCGGGCGGCCCGGCGCCUGCGACGCCUUCGUGGACGCGUCGCUGCUGGUGGUGAGCCUGGCGCGGCGGGCGUGCGGCGGCGCCGUGAGACGCCGGCGGAGCGCGGCCGCCGCGCCGCUGACGCCCAGCAGCCUGUGCAAGCCGCGGCGCCUCUACGUCAGCUUCAGCGACGUGGGCUGGGAGAACUGGAUCAUCGCCCCGCAGGGCUACCUGGCCAACUACUGCCUGGGCGAGUGCCCCUUCCCGCUCACGGCCGAGCUCAACAGCACCAACCACGCCAUCCUGCAGACCAUGGUGCACUCGCUGGACCCCGCGGGCACGCCGCAGCCCUGCUGCGUCCCCGUCCGCCUCUCGCCCAUCUCCAUCCUCUACUACGACAACCACGACAACGUGGUGCUGCGGCACUACGAGGACAUGGUGGUGGACGAGUGCGGCUGCCGCUAGCGGAGGCCUGGGGCGGGCGGCCGCGCGCGGGUGGCGGGGUCUGCGUGGGGCGCCGUGGAACGAGUGAUGGAAUAAACCCCAAUGUGUUGCGUCCCCUCCGUGCUGCUCCUUAGGGACUGGGCUCCUGGGGUAGAUUCCACCCCUCCAUCUCCAGGCUGCCCGCUGAGGUGUCGCUCCCGGUGUCCCGCGUGUGGUUCCAUCGGAGCUGGAGGCCGUGGACAGSCUGGCUGUGUCGGGGUGGUGACCAAGGCGGCUGCUGCAUGGCACCGGCGGCAGCGCUUCGCGAGCCCCGACGCUGCGGGGAGCAAGUUCCCCAUGGCCGGAGCAAGACCUGGUCUGCGGCCUAGUUUGAGGCCUGGUCUAGGGCCUGAUUUAAGGCUGGUUGCAACCUGUGGCUCAACCUGCAGCCUAGUUUGAGGCCCAGUCCGCAGUCUGGCUUAAGGCCUGGUUGCAGCCUGGUCUGUAGCCUGCUUUAAGACCCGGUCUGUAGUCUUGAGGCCCAGUCUGCAGCUUGGUUUGAGGCCUGGUUUGAGGCCCAGUCCGCAGCCUGGUUUGAGGCCUGGUUUACAGCUCCAUUUUUCGGCUAACCACCAAUGGGGCGGCCUGGCUGCGAGCUGAGGGCCGAUGCUCACAGGGGCCUGUGCACUGAUGGGGGGCACGGCCUAUGCUCAGACCCAUGGGGCAGUGACACCCGCCUCCCUGCUGGGCUGUGGGAGCUGYGUGGGCGUCCCUGUCCCUUGGUGGUGACACCACAAUCCGGGCCCAKGGUCCCCUGCAGCAGCCGCCGCUGUGAACUCAGG